AUGGAAUCACAAAAUAAAGCUUCUAGUACAAGCAUAAAUGUAGAUGAAUAUUCAAGUCUUACAAGCAACAAUGAAAAUCCACAAAAUACCGCUACUCUUACGAAUCUAACACCUGAUCAAAUAAGUGCAUUGAAUGCGCAUUUACCAAAUGAAAUAAAUAUAGAAACAAUUACUUCUACAUUGACAACAAAUAACGAAAAUGAAGUAAAUCCAUUAGUACCAUCAUCAAUUUCAAAUACCCUAGAUACAUUGACAUUUUAUCAAUUAAUUUUGAUAAUUAUUUCUAUUGUUAAUUUUUGUCGAAAGAAAUCACAAACAUACAAUAAAAAUUUUGAAGAAAAAUUUAAUUUAGCAAGCGUUCAAAGUUCUAAUGCAACACAGCAAGAAAAUAGUAAUCAAAAUAAGGAAAUUAAUGAAGUAAAAGAGUCUUCUCAAACACAACCACCAGUGACACCACAAGAAACAGUCACAACACAAGCAGCAGCCACACCACAAGAAACAGUCGAAACACAAGAACCAGUGACUCCACAAGAACCAGUGACUCCACAAGAACCAGUGACUCCACAAGAACCAGUCACAUCACAUGCACCAGUGACACCACAAGAAUCAAUCACAGUACAAGAACCAGUCACAGUACAAGAACCUGUAACAACACAAGAACCUGUAACAACACAAGAACCUAUAACGGUACAAGAACCAGUCACAGUACAAGAACCAGUCACAGUACAAGAACCAGUCACAGUACAAGAACCAGUCACAGUACAAGAACCAGUCACAGUACAAGAACCUGUGACAUCACAAGAACCUGUGACACCACAAGAACCUGUGACACCACAAGAACCUGUGACACCACAAGAACCUGUGACACCACAAGAACCUGUAACAACACAAGAAUCUGUGACAACACAAGAACCUGUGACAACACAAGAACCUGUGACAACACAAGAACCUGCGACAACACAAGAACCUGUGACAACACAAGAACCAGUAACACCACAAGAACCAGUAACAACACAAGAACCAGUAACAACACAAGAACCAGUAACAAUAGAAGAACCAGUAACAACACAAGAACCAGUAACAAUAGAAGAACCAGUAACAACACAAGAACCAGUAACAACACAAGAACCAGUAACAACACAAGAACCAGUAACAACACAAGAACCAGUAACAACACAAGAACCAGUAACAACACAAGAACCAGUAACAGUAGAAGAACAUAUUGAUGAGAAAAAAGGAUCAGAAGGUGAUAACAUUUCAUUAAGCAGCUUAUCGGAAGAAACUCAAGAAAAAUCUCACACAAAAAAAAAAAAAAGCAGCUGGCUUAAAUUUGGAAGAGGAAAUAAAAAUGACAAGAAAAAUAAGAAGGAAAAAAAAUCUUCAUUAGAAAGUGUUAAACAAAAUGUUGAAGAAAAACAAGAACGCACACUCAUUCAAGAAAAUAAUAUUGAACAAGAAUCAGUAACUACUGAACAGCAAUUAACAACACAAGAACCAGUAACAGUAGAAGAACAUAUUGAUGAGAAAAAAGGAUCAGAAGGUGAUAACAUUUCAUUAAGCAGCUUAUCGGAAGAAACUCAAGAAAAAUCUCACACAAAAAAAAAAAAAAGCAGCUGGCUUAAAUUUGGAAGAGGAAAUAAAAAUGACAAAAAAAGUAAAAACGAAAAAAAAUCUUCAUUAGAAAGUGUAAAACAAAAUGCUGAUGAACAAAAAGAACAGCCUACAGAUUCACAAAUAUCUGUUAAUGCACAAGAUUCAGUAACAACUCAAGAACCUAUUACAGCUCAAGAAACAGUUACAGAACAAGAACCUAUAACAACUGAAGAACCCUUAACCACACAAGAAACGGUUACAACACAAGAAACGGUUACAACACAAGAACCAAUAACAACACAAGAAACAGUAACAGCACAAGAACCUGUUACAGCUCAAGAACCAGUGACAACACAAGAAUUAACCGAAACACAAGAACCAACCGCAACACAAGAAUCAAUCGCAACACAAGAACAUGCUGAUGAGAAGAAAGCAUCAGAAGGUGAUAACAUUUCAUUAAGCAGCUUAUCGGAAGAAACUCAAGAAAAAUCUCACACAAAAAAAAAAAAAAGCAGCUGGCUUAAAUUUGGAAGAGGAAAUAAAAAUGACAAAAAAAGUAAAAACGAAAAAAAACCUUCAUUAGAAAGUGUAAAACAAAAUGCUGAUGAACAAAAAGAACAACCUACAGAUUCACAAAUAUCUGUUAAUGCGCAAGAUUCAGUAACAAUACAAGAACCAACCGCAACACAAGAACCACCCACAACACAAGAACUAACCGCAACACAAGAACCAACCACGACACAAGAAACAGUAACAGAACAAGAACCAACAACAACACAAGAAACAGUAACAGCACAAGAACCUAUAACUACGCAAGAACCUGUUACAGCUCAAGAACCAGUCACAACACAAGAACUAAUCGCAACACAAGAACCAUCCACAACACAAGAACCAUCCACAACACAAGAACAUGCUGAUGAGAAGAAAGCAUCAGAAGGUGAUAACAUUUCAUUAAGCAGCUUAUCGGAAGAAACUCAAGAAAAAUCUCACACAAAAAAAAAAAAAAGCAGCUGGCUUAAAUUUGGAAGAGGAAAUAAAAAUGACAAAAAAAGUAAAAACGAAAAACAACCUUCAUUAGAAAGUGUAAAACAAAAUGCUGAUGAACAAAAAGAACAACCUACAGAUUCACAAAUAUCUGUUAAUGCGCAAGAUUCAGUAACAAUACAAGAACCAACCGCAACACAAGAACCAACCACGACACAAGAAACAGUAACAGAACAAGAACCAACAACAACACAAGAAACAGUAACAGCACAAGAACCUAUAACUACGCAAGAACCUGUUACAGCUCAAGAACCAGUCACAACACAAGAACUAAUCGCAACACAAGAACCAUCCACAACACAAGAACAUGCUGAUGAGAAGAAAGCAUCAGAAGGUGAUAACAUUUCAUUAAGCAGCUUAUCGGAAGAAACUCAAGAAAAAUCUCACACAAAAAAAAAAAAAAGCAGCUGGCUUAAAUUUGGAAGAGGAAAUAAAAAUGACAAAAAAAGUAAAAACGAAAAAAAACCUUCAUUAGAAAGUGUAAAACAAAAUGCUGAUGAACAAAAAGAACAGCCUACAGAUUCACAAAUAUCUGUUAAUGCACAAGAUUCAGUAACAACUCAAGAACCUAUUACAGCUCAAGAAACUGUUACAGAUCAAGAACCUAUAACAACUGAAGAACCCUUAACCACACAAGAAACGGUUACAACACAAGAACCAAUCGCAACACAAGAAACAGUAACAGAACAAGAAUCUAUAACGACACAAGAACCUGUUACAGCUCAAGAACCAGUGACAACACAAGAAUUAACCGAAACACAAGAACCAACCGCAACACAAGAAUCAAUCGCAACACAAGAAUCAACCUUAACACAAGAAUCAACCUUAACACAAGAAUCAACCUUAACACAAGAACCAACCACAACACAAGAACUAACCACAACACAAGAACAUGAUGAUGAGAAGAAAGCAUCAGAAGGUGAUAACCAUUCAUUGAGCAGCUUAUCAGAAGAAACUGAAGAAAAAUCUCACACAAAAAAAAAAAAAAGUAGCUGGCUUAAAUUUGGAAGAGGAGAUAAAAAUGACAAAAAAAGUAAAAACGAAAAAAAACCUUCAUUAGAAGGUGUAAAACAAAAUGCUGAAGAACAAAAAGAACAACCUGCAGAUUCACAUAUAUCGGUUAAUGGACAAGAUUCAGUAACAACUGAAGAACCAGUCACAACUCAAGAACAAGUUACAACACAAGAAGCAGAUACAGCUCAAGUAUCAAUAACUACACAAGAACAUAUUGACAAGAAAAAAGGGUCAGAAAGUGAUAAUAAUGCAUUGAAUAAAUUAUCUGAAAACAAAACUUCAACAAAAAAGAAAACAUCCAGUUGGCUCAGUUUUGGAAGAAAAGAUAAAAAGGAUAAAAAGGCAUCAUUAGGAAGUGUGAAAGAAACAUAUGAAAAAGAAACACAAACAGAAGAACAAGAACCUUAUAUAACACAAGAACCUUAUAUAACACAAGAACCAGUAACAACUCAAGAAGCUGUAACAACACAAGAACCAGUUACAACACAAGAACCAGUUACAACACAAGAACCAGUUACAACACAAGAACCAGUUACAACACAAGAACCAGUUACAACACAAGAACCAGUUACAACACAAGAACCAGUUACAACACAAGAACCAGUUACAACACAAGAACCAGUUACAACACAAGAACCAGUCGUAACACAAGAACCAGUCGCAACACAAGAACCAGUCGCAACACAAGAACCAGUCGCAACACAAGAACCAGUCGCAACACAAGAACCAGUCGCAACACAAGAACCUGUAACAACACAAGAACCAGUAACAACACAAGAACCUGUAACAACACAAGAACCAGCCACAACACAAGAACCAGCCACAACACAAGAAACAGUAACAACUCAAGAAGCUGUAACAACACAAGAACCAGUUACAACACAAGAACCAGUUACAACACAAGAACCAGUUACAACACAAGAACCAGUUACAACACAAGAACCAGUUACAACACAAGAACCAGUCGCACCACAAGCAACAGUCACAACACAAGAAACAGUCGCACCACAAGAAACAGUCACAACACAAGAACCAGUAACAACACAAGAACCAGUAACAACACAAGAACCAGUAACAACACAAGAACCAGUAACAACACAAGAACCAGUAACAACACAAGAACCAGUAACAACACAAGAACCAGUAACAACACAAGAACCAGUCACACCACAACAACCUGUAACACCACAACAAACUGUAAAACCACAACAACCUGUAACACCACAACAACCAGCAACACCACAACAACCAGCAACACCACAACAACCAGUAACACCAGUAAAUGAUUCAGUACAAGCUGCUACGAAAGAUGCUCCAACAUCUUCUGCUAACAAAAAAUCCAGGUCAUGGAUGAGCUUUGGAAAAGGUGACAAGAGUGAUAAAAAAAAUAAGAGUAAAUCAAAUGCAGAUGAUAAAUCAAAAGAAAGUCCAUCGACGGAAAAUGAAGGACAACCAACUAAAAGUAAAAGGGGCGCUAAAUCAUGGAUGAGCUUUGGAAAGGGUAAAAAAUAA